GACUGACUGACUGACACUGACAUGACAUUGACUUGAACUGGAUUGAGUUGAAUUGGAAUGGAUGGAAAGUGACAGGCAGGAACAGAACAGAGGUUAGGUUUGUUUAGGGAAGUCAUCUAACUUAAUCUAUUAAUCUUAAUUUCGAGUAAGGUCCAAGUCUCCUUUUGAUCAUGAUGUCCCUUGAAAGAAUACAGGAUCAAAUUGGUUACUUGGUUUUAAAUGAAGAUGGAGCGGUUAUUGCGUCGGGAGGUGAAUUGGAAAACAACGAACAUGUCGCAGACGUGGUGACUGGCCUUAUCUCCCUUGCAGACAACAUUCAACCAGAUGAAGAAGGGUACAAGAAAAUCUCAGUGACCUAUGAGAACUUCAGUUACGUGAUCUGUUUGUCCAACAAGAAAGUUUAUGUGGUCAAGAAGAGGCACAGUUGGUCUCCCCCUCCUCCACCCGACAACAUGGCCAACAUUGGCAAUCUCGUGGACUUGGAUAAUGGACCAGCCAUCGCCUGAAUACAGCACUUCCCUUCUGUUAUACUUUGUAUCUAAUCACCUAUAUACUUUGUAAUGAAUUGUGAUAUAUUUUUGUAUAUAAUAAAUUGUUGAUCUUA